UCAAACAUUUGAAUUCUCUCUUCUUCUAGAAACCCAAAUACUCCCAUCCCUUCAAUUUUCAAAUCCCUAAACCUCUCCCCGCCUUAACGGACCUCUAUUAACCCCACUCCUCCCACCUCCUUUCCCUCCAUUUCUGAACAACCCCACCCAUGGAGUCCGCCGCACCUCCGCCGCCGCAGAAGGAGAACGGUUCCAGGCACCACGCUUACAGCCGGAAGCAGAAGUCUCUGGGCCUCCUGUGCUCCAAUUUCAUAGCGUUGUACGAUCGCGAAGGCGUCAUCUCCGUCGGCCUAGACGACGCCGCUACUAGAUUAGGUGUGGAGAGGCGGCGGAUCUACGAUAUCGUUAAUGUUCUUGAGAGCGUUGGGGUUCUUGCGCGAAAGGCGAAGAAUCAGUAUUCAUGGAGAGGAUUUGCGGCAAUCCCUAGUACCUUACAGCACCUCAAGGAGGAGGGUAUGAGAGAGAAUUUCAACGCUUUCCAUGGCCAUUCGCAGGGAAUUGAUGACCUAAAAUGUUCACAGGGUUCAGAUGAUGAGGAAGGUGAUGAAAGUGGUCUGGCUACCGGGAGUCAGAAUGAUAAUCUCAGUGUCAAUCCCAAAUCUUUAUCAAACUCGAAAAAUGAAAAUAGAAGGGAAAAGUCUCUAGCCUUACUUACGCAGAAUUUUUUGAAGCUCUUUGUCUGCUCCACUGUAGAAUCUAUCUCCCUUGAUGAAGCUGCAAAGUUAUUACUUGGGGAUGUACACAAUGCAUCUGUAAUGAGAACAGCUAAAGUAAGGCGGAUUUAUGAUAUUGCAAAUGUUUUGUCCUCCAUGAAUCUGAUUGAAAAGACCCACACAGCUGAUACAAGGAAGCCUGCAUACAAAUGGUUAGGAUUUAAAGGAAAAGAUGCCACGAGUUCAGCUUCAGAUGAGUCUAGAAAGAGAGCCUUUGGAACUGAUAUCACAAACGUCAGUUGUAAAAGGGGUAGAGUAGAAUCUUCUAUUACUGGGAAAUUGGAAGCUCAGAAACAAAAGCAACAUGACAAUACAGUACUGCGACGUGAGAGCGUAGUACGUACGGUUGAUAGGAACAAUUUAGAGGACUCAAAAGAAGGUACAAAGAGCUACCAGUUUGGUCCCUUUGCACCAGUUACUAUUGCCAAGGCUGGGAAUUUCAGCAUGAAGAAAGUUGACUGGGACAGUUUGUCCUCUACUUACCGUCCCCACUAUCAGAAUCAAGCUUUGAAGGAGCUGUUCUCUCAUUACGUGGAAGCAUGGAAGUCAUGGUACUCUGAAGUUGUUGAGAAGCCAAUUGAAGCUUGAUCUUUCUCCCAUAUCGUUACAUGCCCAAAAUGAUCGAGGAUAUUGCUUCUGUUGACUCGACAGGGAAGGGAUCACCCCAUGAUCCAUGUUAGAAUAGCAAUCCUCAGGAUACUUUUCACAUUUUGUCAAUCUGUUUAUUGGCAUUCGAUACAGAUUCUAUUCUUGAUUUAUGCAGCUGAUUGUUAGGAAUAUGCUUAGGUUGAAGCAAAUGUUGUAUAUUAUACAUGGCAGGCUUAUUUGCUCCAGUCAAUAACAUUACUUUCGUUAUCUUUCUGGAAACAAAAGUACGCAGCACUAUUAAUAAAUUCAA